AUGACGCCUCCUCCUGUCCUAGGACCAGUCACAACUGUCAUUAUUGAUGAGGCAUCGCGUACCGUGAACAAGGUGGACUUCGAGUCUCCAAGCGCGGAGACAAUCGCGUAUAGAAAGGCGGCCAAGGUCGCCAAGAACAACAAGAAGGCGACCAGCGCGUCAAAGCUGGAGUCGCAGCAACAGCUCACUGCGAUGCAGUUCUUCAAGGACAUGAAGAAGCAAGCAGGCAAGCUGAGAGGCGCUGAGAAUGCGUUCAUGAAGCAGCAGGAUGAUCUGAUGAAGGCGUUGAUUGUUCAGGUUGGCCAGCAGGAGAUAGGUGAUGCUGGGCUGGAAUUCAUAGAGGCGCUGAAGGCGUGGCUGAAGAAGUGA